UCAGAGCACAUAACACAAAUCUCUCUCUCUCUCUCUCUUCACUCUCUCUCUCUCACCAUUCUCUGAUAUUUCCCUCUGCACUCUCUCUCUCUAAAGAUGGACAAGAGCCAAACAGUAAGCAAGAAAAUUUGGAACAUGAUACGUUUUGUCAUCUUCAUGUUAAAAAAAGGAGUGUCGAAGCACAAGCUCGUCGUCGACCUGAACGUGAUGCUCAAACGCGGCAAGAACCUCAUGUUCCACAGCCGCCGCCGCGUCCCGGCCGCAGACGCGAACGCGGUUUCAGCUGCGCUCCAGACGCAGCCGCACGAGUACGAGUUCAGCUGCAGCAACACGCCAAACUUCACCUUCCCUUUCCACAUCGCUUCCAAGUCGAAGAAGAGCCUCUUCGCGUGCGUCCAAACACCGGAAACGCUCGACGACGAAAACGCUGCCGCGAGAGCGGUGUUCGAGCUUGUCAACGGUGGUAACAGCGGCACCAACGUAGAGGCGUUAACGGCGUUAUCUCCGUACUUGCCGGGGUUUGGACGGACUCCGUUAGUUAGGCCGUUAAGGGUGACGGACUCACCGUUUCCGUUACCGGAAGAAGCUGACGUGGGAAACGGACACGUUGACAAAGCAGCGGAUGAGUUUAUAAAGAAGUUUUACAAGAACUUGAAGCAACAGAAGAUGAUUGAGUUCAACUAAAUUCACAGUGUUCUCUACAUAUUUAUAUGUAUAUUUUCCCCCUAAAGAUUCGAUUUUUCAUUCUCUGACGAAAUCUGAAGGUACAAUGAUAAGUUUUUUUUUUCGGUUUUGUAAUUUCUUGAUAAAAAUUGGAUUAUCAUGAAUAAAGAUACCAAUUCGUCUUCCGAGGGUACGUGUAAUAAUAUUUUAUGGGCUUUUAUUUAAUGGUUUUUAAGCUUUUUAUUUUUA